UCGAUAUCCCACAACCAAGCUAUCAAAUUCUUCACCAAUUCAGUCUUUUUAUCUCUCUCUCUCUCUCACUCUCACUCUCUCUCUACAAGGGCAAGCAAGAUGUCCUCCAACAACGACAACAACGCCAUCAACUCCGCCCCCAACGCCGCCACCACCAACGCUGCCGCUCCCGCUCCCGCUGCCGCUACCGCCAACAGCCCCAGCUCCAGCCCCAGCUCCAGCUCCAGCUCCGGCUCCAGUUCCGGCUCCGAGGAGAGUCUCAAAGUCAUCAUUGACCGGCCUGCACGGACCCAAGAAGAACUGCAAGCAGAUGCCGAGGCCGAAGCACUAGAGGCCCAGGUCCGGGCCCAAGAACAGUUGCAAGCAGAGGCCGAGAGCCGAGCCCGAGCCCAGGCUCGAGCACAACUUCUCAACGAGCUUCGGGAGGGGAUCAGGAUCCUGGAAGAAAACGUCGCCUCAGCCCGCCAGUACAGGCUCCAGUACGCCGUCGCCUACCCCGGCGGCCCUGAUACCUUGCGGUGUAUCACCCACGAACAAAACCAGAUCCGGGCACUUGCUGCCAUAAGGCAGUCUUUCGCCCACAUGCAGGCGUGCUGGUAUUGGUGA